AGUCUUCCAUUUCUCACGACACAGUCCGGUUGUCCGUUUUCGUCUCCCUCCCUUUCUCAUUAAUUUGUUUCAAACGUCUUCUAGUGUUGUUGAACAGUCCCUACCUACCUUUGGUAGUCGUGCAUUAUCCUUUCCAGUCAUUGUUACUCUUUCUCUCAACUACUACCGGUAAUCAGUCUGUAGUGGCUGCUACAACGCUCUCUCAGUGAAUAACAAGUAACUUUAGUUCAGCACAACGCUCUCCCAGUGAGUAUCUAGUUCAGCCCAACGCUCUCAGUGAGUAACAAGUAUUAGUUCAGCACAACGCUCUCUCAGUGAACAACUAGUUUAGCAUAACGCUCUCUCAGUGAGUAACUACAUGAUUGUAGUUCAGCAUAACGCUCUCUCAGUGAGUAACAAGUUCAGCAUAACGCUCUCCUUCUAAUUCUCUAAACGACGUACUUACUCCAGUCAGCCUACACCGCCAACGUUUGAAGAAGAUUUCACGUAACGGACAACUCACUCAACAUGUCCAGUCAAGAAGUCGAAGGGUUUGCGCAGGAGGUGCAGCGAGAAGAUGCCACAUCGGAAAGUCUUCAGGCUGCUGUGCCUCCUGAGCAGCCGCAAAUGUCCUCCACAUCACGUAAAGUAACAUGGAAAUCAUCACCAUCAUACUGGGGGACACACUGCUACUCAAUGGGAACAAUGCUCAUUCUUGUGAUCUGCUUGGAGGGUCAGCAUCUUCGAGAUGAAAUCCUCUACACUAUUGUACACUACAUAUUUAGUGUACAUAGUGUAGAGGUGAAUGAGGAAGACGAAAAAUUCUACAACCGAACACUACUACACCACUGUGCAGGCCUUGGGAAUGAUCGACUAUGCAGUAUACUCAUUGGACGAGGAGCUGAUGUCAAUGCGCAGGAAAGCUCGACACGAUGGACUCCACUUCACAGGGCAGUCAACUAUAACCAGAUCAACGUUGUCAAGGUGAUGCUGUCACAUGACAGUGACGGUGUCACCUUGGACACCACAUUGCGUGACAGUGCAGGGAAAACAGCGUUGGACCUAGCCAAGGAACGCAAUCGUGAGGGAUUUUUGGUGUUGCUGAUGAAUGACGAGAGUGUGAAGAAUGAAAGGAAGAAAGAGGAGCUUCAAACUGCUGCCAUGGUUGAGGACAUCAUUGGUGGCAAGGACGAGGCCAGCGUGCUACGCGUGCGUAUGUACCUUAUUGGCAAGUACGCCACAGGAAAGUCCAGCUUUGUCCGGGCACUGCUCGGUGAAGAGUUCAUUGAAAACGCGAACUCCACCGAGUCCAUUUCCAUCCAUCGAUCCAGAUUCAGAAUGCACCUCUCCUCUCCAACCGCCACAGGCACACAAGAAGCGGCACAAGUUCUUGUGGACAACAGUCAACAUAGUUUCUUUGCCAAUCUUCUCACAGCUCGUAUCCGAUCAUCUCUAGAUCUGGUCAAGAAAAUCAAGGAGGCUCCAGAGAUACCCAUCGCUCUACCCAUUGCCCCACAACCAUCUGCAUGGUUCAAGCUCAAGGAAUUCGCCACGUCACUAUUUCACGGCACUACCACGUCACCACUUCCAAAUACUGCUUCGUUUACUGUCCUUUCUGCGUCCGCUGUCAACAAUGAGUUUGCCUAUGUUCCCCACGCUAAGGACCUGACCAAAGUGGCACCAGAUGUUAUCUCUCAAGUUCGCUCGUCUGUCAGGAAUGUCGAUAACAGUUCAAAUGAAGCAGAAGCAGCAUAUGCGUUUGUUGAGCUGUGGGACAUGGGUGGACAGAUGCCGAUGUUGGUACAACAAAGCAUCUCGUUUUCAGUUUGUGACAGCGUGUACAUUGUGACUCUUGACAUGAGGUGUGGCCUGGAUGAAGAGGUAACGGAAGACGUCUACCGCUUUGAUGGACAGGAGAUUGUAACUUCCACACCGUUGCCAGGAAUGACGCAGGCUGACUACCUUCACAUGUGUCUGUCACUGAUUGCUUUGCAGCAUAGGGCAGACACCACACCCACUGACCAGCAGCAGCCGCAGCCAGACACAGAGACGGGUAAGAGCAGUAGCAGCGAUAGCAGCCACCAUCAUGAUGAGAGUAGCACAGCCGUCAUGGUUGUUGUUACACAUGUGGAUCUUGUCGAGGACAACCAUAUAGAGAAGAAGAAGGACAUGUUCGUCAAUGCCGUGUCCAAGCUGACUGAAAUGGCCGGACCCAAAGUCAAGAUCUGUGGACCCUUCUUUGUUGACAAUCACCGUCUUCAAGAUCAAGUAUCGCGCCACAGCCAGCUCGCAGAAGCACAGCAAGAGCUCUCUAGAAUUGUGUCUGCCUUUCCCGUCCAAGCAAUUCCCUUGAUGCAAGUGAAGAUAGAAGAAGCUAUUUCUCUUCACCGGAAGAUAAUGCUGCGCUCUGCAAUGGCUGGGUGCAGUGAUGAUACAAUGCAAGCUACCAGUAGUGAUCAGCAGCAGCAGCAGCAGCAGCAGCGGCAGCAGCAGAGUUUUGUUAGUAUGGACUACCCACAGUUUGUAGACUUUUGUCGGCAUGUUAGCGGCAAAGAUCUCACCACUGCACAAGUGUCUGAUCUACUGCACCGCCUUCAGCAACAUGGCACAGUGUUUUGCUGUGACUGCCCGCAUCCACUCACUUCAAGUGUCAUUUUCCUUGAACCCCAGCAGCUGUUACUCGACUUUGUACGCUUGAUGACCUUCCCUCUGAAGGAGACAGCUUUUCCAAGCACCUCAGCAACAUUAGUCAGAGAAGUGCAACACUUUCGACGUACGGGAAUUGCCAGCGCGAGGUUGAUAGAGGAAGUUUGGUAUCCUCUCAGCCGUGUUGUCCAGCUAGCUCUCUGCAAAGCCAUGUGUUACUUCAACCUGGCAGCAGAACUUCAGCCCGCCAGCAGUGCAGCCACCAGCAGUACAGCCACCAGCAGUACAGCCACCAGCAGUACAGCCACCAGCAGUACAGCCACCAGCAGUACAGCCACCAGCAGUACAGCCACCAGCAGUACAGCCACCAGCAGUACAGCCACCAGUAGUACAGCCACCAGCAGUGCAGCCACCAGCAGUACAGCCACCAGCAGUACAGCCGCCAGCAGUACAGCCACCAGCAGUACAGCCACCAGCAGUACAGCCACCAGCAGUACAGUCACCAGCAGUACAGCCACCAGCAGUACAGCCGCCAGCAGUACAGCCACCAGCAGUACAGCCACCAGCAGUACAGUCAACAGCAGUACAGCCACCAGCAGUACAGAUACCAGCACCGGAGGGUGUGGCAGUAGAGUCGGCGGCAGCAGCAACAGCAGCAGCAUCAGCAGACAAGACAGAUGUCCGGUUGUCACGUCAGGCCUACCCGACCUCUUCAUCCCGUUCUGUUGCAACCAGGAAGCAUUACGGUUGGUUUUGGAGGAUGAUGUUCCCUUUAAGCUACCGUUUAACCACCUCAGUUUCCCUGGGAUGCUGUUUCCUCCACCACUGUUCGGUCGCUUAGUCACCUACAUAAUUCAUCGUAUGAAGAAAGAGUCAGCCAGUCUUCAGUUCAUAUCCAGUGCGGUAUCACUGAAUUUGGAGGUUGGUUGUAGUCAAGUAUGCCUCUGCUGGACACCGACAGGUGUUCGCUUAGAAUGCGCUGCUGAUACAACAUCCAUACUUGCUGAUGUGGCUUGGGAUAUGAAGAGUGCAAUUGUUGACUUCACACAAGUUCUCAGCACCCAAGGGUACCAGCAGUUCACAGUUGUUGGUGAGUCAUUUGCCUGCACUUCCACAUCAUGCCAGGAUCGCCUGAAGGAAUGCAGCAGUCCUGCAGAGGUGCUGGUACACUCGUCGUGGGUGUUGCUGACCAGCUUGCACAAAAAGCAUUUCUUGAAGGCAUACGAGUCAGAUAUGAACACCGCUCUGACCUUCAAGGCUACGUGUGCUACCUGCAAGGAGAAGGUCAUUGUCCCGAGGUCCUUCUGGCCCUGGCUGCGUAAGGAUGUGCCAUUUGUCCAAGCUGAGCAGCCACUAUCAGCACCAUCAUCAUCAGCAGCAGCAGCAUUAGCACCCGCAGAGGCAGUUUCAUCAGUGCCAACAGCAGCACAAGGAACAGCAGUGCCACCAGUACAUUUUGCUGAGCAGUCUACAGACGUUGCAGCCAGCAGUCACUUCGUGGAAGCUGCUUACCCGGACGGUAAUCCCUGCAUGGAAUGCAAGCAAGGUAUCCAAGUUCCCAGCAACUCGCAUUGCUGGUUCAAUGACACGGAGUUCAAGUUGGAAGGACGGAGUAACAAGGAUGCAAUAGUUGCCAUAUCAGCUCUGUCGCAUGCUAGCCCAAAUGAUUCUGAUCUCGAGGCGGUAGUUGACAGGCCUGAAGAAGUCUCCCUGGACUCAGUCGAUGUCCAGGUUGAAGAUGUAGCUCCUGAUGAGAGCCCUGAAUACCGAUAUGUGUCGGAGGCUGAUACGGAGCAGAUACCCAUUCGCCGUGAAGGCACAGUGCUUUUCAUGGAAGGAGGAAAAGUUGAGUUUCUUGCCGGCACAGUGAGUGAUACCAUCCACAUAUCGCCACCUGUCCACAUGAUGUUCCAAGGCACGCUACCAAGCGAACAUGGUGAUGGAGUUACGCUACAUAGUGUGAUGGCGUUUGCAUCGCACGAAGCUAAAUUUCGAAGACCAGUGCAGGUGGAAAUUGACGUGCCUCGCAUCGCUGAGACUGACCAGAUUUAUCUUGUUCACUUUCCUGGCACAACACCGGAAUCAGCUGAAGCCAGUGGUUUUUCUGAAACUAGACAGCUACCCACGUCGCAUAAGUGCUGUACCGUGGUUCAUGUAGGCAACUCAACGUGGACAGUGACUAAGUUGCCUGGCGACAAACCGUACGAAAUACCAGCCAAGCAGGUUGACUUGAAUGCCACCUUGGACAGACCUGAAGAAGACGAAUGCCCAUAUUCAGGUAUCACUGUGGACUAUCAACGGAAGAAGAUCUACUACAGCAAGAAGCACUUCUGCUAUGAUGUCAUCUACACGUACGGAGAAGAGCUGAGCCUGGAGCAGAUCGGAAUGCUGCCGUGCACGGAUAAGCUCAAGGCCUGGCGCGUGUGGGUCUACGGCGAGAAGAUAGGAGACCGAGAUCCAGCGCACCUGCACAUCAUGGCCAUUCCUGCCUACGGACCAUUCCUGGAACCGCCUCCGAAGCUGCUGUCGCCGCCAGAUAGAAUGUCCCAGCUGGCGCGCUCGCGGUACUAUUUCCUGCUGAAAGAAGGCGAUUCGAUCUCGUACAAAUUCAAGGUGUACCCGGAAAAGGACUGGCAGCCCGCCUGUGUGGAAAAUCCGCCGACGUUCUACAAGCUUGAGUCAUCUGCUCGUUUCGAGUCUCGCGAGGGCACCGGAGGGGGCGGUAGUGUUGGACCGCCAGGGGUUCUCGAAUGUCGCUCCUGCACCGACCAAGAAAGCAUAGAACAUGUCCAAAAUGGCAAGCAGAAUGGCGCUGGAGCAGAAUCGGGUACGGACGACAAGCUGAAGGUGGUCAAGCGCUGCACCAUUCCGGUAACAUUCACAUACGAGAGGUCUCUGCCAGGAGCACAAGAUUCAAGUGAAGAAAAAAAGAGUUCUCCAACUCCUGCUACAAAUGGUGUUUCGCAUGAUGGUUUCAUGUCCAAGACACUGGCACAGAUCACAGACUGGUUUGACUUUGAGGGUGCACUUCGGAACUUUGUCGUUGGCGACGAAAGAAAAAAAUUUGGUAGAGCUGCAGUGAUCCUGGCCAAUCCCAAGAUGAGGAACGCCUGGGAUACCGAGCUAGACCGAUUCCAUACUGAGAAUGCUCGCAGAAUCUUUGGAGACGGGGAAGGCAUGGAUAACCUCUUCUGCAUCAUUCUGUACCUCAUCAACAACAGGCAGGAAAUGACCAUCAAAAAACUGUUUGGAAUGCUGGAAGAACAUGCUCCAAUCCAUCGUGACGAUAUCCGGACGGCCCUCUCGGAAGCUGCAUACAAUGACUGAGCAAGCACUGUAUUGAGAAUAGCAGCAGGGAGUGUGAGCUGUGAAUACAAUGGCGGACUCACCUAUGGUUAGACAGCCAAUCACCAUGCCUAGCUGCUGCAAUUGCAGUUACGGUAUUCUCUUUACUUCCAUGCCAUGUACAGUAUUCACUGUUUUUCAUGUAGUACAUAUUUUAUCUAUCCAGUUGCAAUGCACGCUCGCUAAGGAGCUGUUUUGCGAUUCCGUGAUAGCGAUUCAUUUGUUUGCUUUGCUGUCCAAGACUGGCUGUUAAUGUUAUCGCAACCUCACAGUCAGUCACCAAUACACUGUACUUGAAAGUUGAAACUGUGAUUCUGCAGUGGCCAUGGCAAUGGUGUUAGUCACUGCAUUUGUCUGAGUGGCAUUGUAAACCUAUUGACAACUUGACAUUUUAUGUACAAGCGCACUUGAAUCUUUGAAUUUUGUCCAUGAGAGUGAUGCAGAAUAGGGAUGCACCUUUCCUCUUUCAGGGCGAGACCGUUCACUGCUUGAGAGUGACAGUCACAACUGACCAUCAAUAUGCGGUGUUAUAUUUUUUGUAUUCUUAGACAUGCGGUCUUCCCUCGUGUCCCUCUUUGACAUUUGGCUUUAUCGUUGAUGUGUGUGCGCGUGUGAGUGUGUGUGCGUGCGUGUGUGUGUGUGUGUGUGUGUGUGUGUAUGUGUGAGAUACUGCAUAUGAUCACCAGAUAGCCUCGUUCUCUAGCUCUCUCUCUCUCUCUUCUGAUCUUCCUUUCUCCAUUCUUGAUAAUCACCAACUCCUCUCUCGCAUUUACCUGAGCUUACAGUCUUCUCCUUGUAUCUUCGUGUUUUCCCGCACUAUCUCUUUUCGCCGUACACUGGCAACGUUGCUGGCGAUCCGCCAUGGCAACCCUCGUACCUUGAUUUGCUGGCCGCAUGCUUCACUGCUUUGUUCUUUGAGUUUUCUCCAUUGAGACAAGAGAGAAAAUUUAAUAUUUUCCUUACAAUAAUGAAUCUUCGAGUCUGAUUCUAGAAAUUGUAAAUUGGUCCUUCGAGCCUCUCAGACGAUGGCUGACAUUGUCUUGGACGCUAAAGAAUUAGCACUUCAUGUCAUAAUAAUUAUUAGUAGUGACCCACAGACUCGGUGCCCAGA